GCGGUUUGUUUGACUGCACCAAUACAGGGUCGUAUUUAUGGACAUCAAGGUGAACAUUGAUGGGGUUGUUAGAGAAGUGUGCGGAAUUAAUGAUGGAACAACUUGUGAAGAAGUGAUUUUCAAACUUGCACAGGUUGCUAGUUUGCCUGGAUUCUAUACCCUGGUUGCUAGCUACAGGGAUCAAGAAAUUACACUAUCUCCUGAGGAAAGGAUUAAAAAUUUCAUUAAAGAAACUAAAGAAAACCCGUCCAAUAUAUGCUUUAUUCUUCGUCGGUUAGAAGCAGUAUCUCCUUUCUCUCCUAAAAAUCCUAAAGCAUACCCUCAUGUCCCUAGUCAUCAACCGGCAAGCAUUUCUCAUCAACAGUCCUCUCAUAGUUCAUCACGACGUUCUAAUGUUCCAGUGACACCAGAAAAUAAAGACUUAUAUUCCGCUACUUUAUCAACCUUACCGAUUGCAGCUCAUCAAUAUGUUGGCUCCUCAAAGCAGUCAAGAAAUUAUCGUUGUGAUCCUAGUCGUGAACCAAUCCAUUCUUCUCCAGUAACCAACUCUGCCGGUGAAGAAAAAUCAUAUCAUGAUGUAGAUCAAUAUAAUCAACUUAAAGAUCAAUUGGCAUAUCAAGAACAACAAGUUGAACUCAAUCGAAUACGUUUGCUUCGGUUAGAUAAGGAAAUCAAUCAUUUAGAACAAUCAGCUCGUUUAGGCAAUAAUAAUAACAAUAAUGGCAAUAAUAAUGGUAAAGAUGGUUAUUCUACAUUAGAUUUAUUAAGUGGAUCCGCUGUUGGUCCUGUGGCAGAAUUAGCUCAACUAGCUGCUACACCAUGGUCACAAUUAUUAGAUACAAAUCGUGCCAGACAACGUGAAUUAUUAUCAGAAUGUGAACGGCACAAAAUUGCUAUCGAUCAAGUAGAUAGUCAUUUAGCUAAAACAAAAAUGAAUUUAUCUCAGCUAGAGAAUCAAAUUAGUCAAGAGUUAAAUCAAUUGCUUAAUGAACUAGAAGGAUAUAAUCAACACAGAAGAUUACUACUGAAAUCAGCUAGUAAUACUGGCACUACUACUUCUUCUUCACAAGCUCGUUCUACUAGAACAGGUAUCAUUAGUCCAUCAGAGGUUGCAGGCGAUGGUGUUGCUGUAUAAAUGAAAUGAAUGAAUUAUGCGUGACUGACGCUUAUACUGUGUGCAAAUACAUAAAUCUUUUUUUUUAAUCUUUAUAACAAAUUCUUUUUUUAUCCUAUGCAAAGAUGCAGUUGUAAUACUCACUCUAUCAGUGUAUCCAUCGAUCGAGGAGACUGUUAAAAAGAUAUAUAUAAGACUAUAAUAAAUAUUCUGUUAUUGUUGAUCUUUCACAAUCA